AGCUGGCAAUUUUGAUAUUUUUUUAUCUUUAUACAAAUUUAUCAAUCUAUGCAGUUUUCAUUGGAAAUAAACAAACGCUUUGAUUACAAAACCGGCAGAUGGCGACAGCUGGCUGAUUUCGAACAGGACAAGGCCAGUGCGCCAGUACAUUGUCGAUAAACUUGCUCAACCGUUUUACUUGCACAAGGGUCCGGGCAACCGUUUCUGUUUCUACCUAAAUGUAAGGACACUAAGGACGUAAGAACAUAGUAACACGUUGUUGCCAAAUUUACUCUUACCACAAAAUAUUAGAAAUUUACAAAGCUAGUUAUUUAAGUUUGGGAGAUCGUUUAAAGCGGUAUUAAAAAAAUAUGUAUUUAAAUGUUAAUAAUUACACGUUGUUUGUUUUUUUUAUGUUUACAAGGCGAUGUAUGAGUGAGGUUAAUUUAAAUUUUUCUUGAUAAUUGAUGGCAGUCGAAUCGAGCUGGCAACGUUGUUCCGGCGUAAGCACGUCCACACGCCAACUGUGCGGCUCGAAACGAACGUCGAACACACACAGCAAAGACUAACCAAGAACGACUGGUUUUCGAAGAUCGAAAUCGACCAAAUAUAGUUGUCAACAACAUCAUCUAGUUGCAUCGGGAUUUCCACGAGCCGCAUCCGUUUUCGACUUCGACAGGUUUCCAGAUCCGGCAACGUCGCCCAUCGUAUGUCAGUCGGGCUACUCGCUGGGCCGGGCUCGCUUUGGAAAACGUCGGUACACACACAAUCGAGGCCACGACGGGGCGCCGGUGCUGCCGCCCAACCGACGACGGCGAACCCACCAACUAGAUCGGUGUGUAGCACGCCAGCCGAGCAGUGCCAGUUCGUGAACGGCAAUAGGCAAUAGGUAUGGCCUCUGCGAAAGAUACGGCGACGUUCUUCACCCACGGCACCUGUCAACAUUUCGAGCAGGUCCUCAAAUUGUAUCCGCAAGCCCUUCGACUGAAGGCCGAUCGGAAGGCCAAGAAGCCGGAGGAACUCAUCAAAUUAGAUAAUUGGUAUCAAAAUGAACUGCCAAAGAAAAUUAAAAGCCGCGGCAAGGACGCCCACAUGGUCCACGAAGAAUUAGUCCAAUGCAUGAAAUGGAAACAGACGCGGGGAAAGUUCUUUCCCCAACUGUCCUAUUUGGUAAAAGUCAACACGCCAAGGGCGGUCAUCGCCGAAACGAAGAAAGCAUUUAGGAAAUUACCCAAUCUCGAGCAGGCCAUGCAGGCACUGUCGAAUUUAAAAGGCGUCGGAACUACCAUGGCUUCCGCGUUACUGGCGGCAGCUUGUCCAGAUACGGCCCCCUUCAUGGCCGACGAAUGCCUGAUGGCCAUUCCUGACAUCGAAGGUAUCGAUUACACGACAAAGGAGUACCUGAAAUUCGCCACCCACAUCAACACCGUCGCCGACAGGCUGAACAAAGCCACGGAGGAAAUGCAAAAGCCCGACGCCGUCCGUUGGUCGCCGCACAAGGUCGAACUGGCCCUGUGGACGCACUACGUCGUUUCGGAGCACAAGCCCGAAUUGCUCUCCAACAUCUUCGCCGGUAGUCCUUUAGAAAACGGUAACGCGAUACCCAAGCCGGUGGUGGUGCACCAAAACGGCGAUUCGAUAAUCGAUCCGACGACGUCCGACGAGAGCAAUCAGGGUCCAUUAAAUGGUAAGACUAUCAUAGACGAGGACACCACGACCACUUCGUUUACCGACAACAGCCCGCCGUCUAUUGAUCAAAACGAAGAGACCAACGAUAGCGUCGUGUCCGGAUCAGAAGAACUGAGUAAGGAUUCGUUGCCCUCGACAGAAGACUCGAACAGUAUCGAAAACAACCUGAAGCGACCGUACGACGUUGUAGACAGUACGAUCCAAUCGUCGAGCAAGAAAAUACGAGAAGACGUGGAGGCAAAGUGACAAAUACGUAAUUACCUAUAAUUUUUUUUAACUUUUUAUUUUAACGUUAGGUUUCUUAUACACACACAAACACACACAGAACGCAUUGUAGUCGCAUUAUUGAAUUCUUCCUUUUUCUAUAUCCUGAUAGUUGUUUAUUUUUAAUCGUGGUCUCGCGUAAACGAACGGACGAUCAAAUCGAAUGCAGAUUUUUUUUUCGUUGUUCGAAACGAUAUCGAAUAAAUCGGAUGAGUCGGAAAAUGGGUAGCAAGAGGGUGAGUUUUAACUUUUAAUGUGUAAAAAGUGAUAUUUUCACGUUGAUUGUUUGAGUGUUAGAUACAGUGUUUUUUCAUCGAGAUUGAAGGGACAGUGUAAUUCAAAUGUAAUUCAAAUGACAUUUAUAUUACCGAGAAUUCGAAAUGCUUAACCCUAAUAACACGAAGAAAGAAGAUAUGUAAUCCUGAGAUGUAUCAUUUUGGGUUGUUGUAACCUCUAGAUUCGUUAUUUUUAUUGGUUAAAAGAGCAGAAAAUGACGCUUUACACGUUUUUUACGCUAAUUUUUGAAAAUAAAAAUUCUGAGCGACAUAUUUUUUGUACAUGUCCUAUUAUACGACACAUAAAUAAGAUUUCAUAUUGUUGACUACUUGGAAUAGUGAAUUAUGUGAAUUUUGAAUAAUUAUUUAAGUAUUAUGAAAAUACAUUUCGAGAGGAUGAACAAUUUCAUCGUUUUAUAAUAAUGAAUUAGUUAAAGCGAACCCUCUGGAUAGAUAACGAAUGUUUCGAAGAAGAGAUAGUAGUUAAUUGAAUACGUUUUGCGGUUAAUUUUCUCUAACAUUUCGGUGUCCUUUUCAUAUAAACGUGUCACUUUAUAUUCAUUCUUUUUUUUUGUUUUUUGGGAUUUAGAAAACUUAAACCUAGGACUGAACGUAUUGAGUGUUUUAAUUAAAACGUAUAAAACGAUACGAAUUUCCCGAAAUUAAUUGGAUAUUCAAAUGAUCUGUACUGCGAUUGUUCGGCGUGCGUAUAAAUUGUACUUAUUUAAGUGUUUUGAAUUAAUUUCGGAAAAUCAAAAAUUUAUCCUAAUUAUUUUUGGAAGAUGUGAAAGUUCGCUGUUUCUUGACGAAUCUUUUUGUUUUGUUGUUUUUAUUUUUUUAAUAUAUAAAUAUUAGUCAUUUGAUAAAUUUUUGAUACUGUUCUUUAUCAUAUUACCAUUACUAGGAUAGUCUAAGUAAUUUAUUUGUUUUUUAUGUACUCUCGUAACGUAGGCAUUCUUUUAUGUAUUAUUUUAAUUAUGAAGAAGAGAAAAAGAAUAAUUACAUUCCAAUAUUUAGUUGGAUUUUUUUGCCUUUUUUCCUCUUUUUUUAUACUACAGGAUGUCCCACUAAUUUCGGUACAAUUUCGUGGAUCAACCUGUAAGUUUCUAAAAACAGGAAUUUUUGCAUUUGAAGUUUUUUCUUGUACUAUUGUAAAUAAUAUACUAAUAUAUAAUGACAUAUAUUUUUUAUUUUUAUUAGCACAUUCGUUUAGUUUUUCGUUCAUGCCCGACUUCAAAUGUAAAUUGUUAGGCAAUAUGGCUCGAAAAAGUAUUGUUAGUUUAAAAAAAGAGUUCCUGUUUAAUAAUUAGAUUUGUAGCUCAAAAUACUGUCAUGGUUUUAUUGUUAAUAGGCCAGGAAUAAUAAUCCAUAAUAAAUAGUUACGGGAUCUAACCCGCAUUGUGAUAAACAUCAUAGGUGAUUCAAUUAUUAUUGUGAACUUUAAAUGUAAUUUUUUUUUGUAUUUUGUGAUACAAGUUUACUUUUUUCCUCGAGAUUCUAUUGGAAUGUUGAUUCAAACAAUCCGAUAAGAAAAUGUUGAAAUAACUUUCGCCAUUCGAAUAGCUGUAUUGCCUAUCUGAUUGUUCAUUGUUCGUUUUUAUAAAAUCGUCUUAAAGUUAAUUAGUACAAAAAAAAAUAAUGCAUUGAACGAUUUUGUAAUUUCGAUUUCUGAUACAUGUAUAAAUAUAUACAGCAGGAGCUCCGUUUUUUAUUAUAAAUAUUUAUAAAUAAAUAAAACAUAUAUUAUAUAUAUAGAAACAACAAAUAACUGAAUGCCUUUUAUCAAAUAAUGUAGACGUAUACACUUUUACAACAAAAAAAUAUUAGCUAAUAAUUUUUUGGAUUCAUUAUGUUAUGCACCCGUUUGCGCGCUUGUUUAGACGAUCUUUGGACCUUAAUGAAGCCCAUUUUUACUUAAACGAAAAUGUCCAAAUGUUAGACGCUGCGUGUAGAAACGGGUAUAUAUGUAAAUAUAGUGAGGUGUUUAUUUCGAAGAAAAUAAAACGAGGAUAUUGGACGUCUUCUGAAAUUCGAGUAUAUAUAUUUUUUCUUAUUUUUAGCUUUUUCUCAAAAUGUACCUUAGCAGAUAUUCAAUAUCCUAAUCAUUAUUUAAUGUAAAAAAUAUCAUUUGUAGAUGAGUUUUGAGGUUUUGUAGGAUAUUUUCAUAAAUAUAAAUAUUUCAC